UAGCGGCGAAACGUAUGUUUACCGAGCAAGAAUAGAGCGGUGGUGAGGAAAGUGGCGCUGUCAAAGCAUAGGCUGACUGUAUGUUAAAAAAAAGUCGUAGCUAAUUCCAGAUUUCAAAAUUGCGUUUUACAGCGGAAUGUUCACUCGAAGGGGCCAUGGAGACGUCAAGAAAUCUACACAGAAAGUUCUGGACCCAAAGAAGGAUGUAUUGACCCGACUGAAGCACCUCCGGUCACUGUUAGAUAUCUUUGAGAAGAGUGAAUUGAAGACCUUCUUCGAAAGCAACUGUUCUCAGAUUUAUUUUAUCUUCUAUGAAAAUUUCAUUACACUGGAAAGUAACUUAAAGCAAAAAGGGAACAAAUCUCAGAGGGAGGAGCUGGACUCUAUCCUCUUUAUUUUUGAAAAAAUUCUGCAACUUCUACCAGAAAAAAUCUACAGUCGAUGGCAGUUCCACAGUAUAGGUUCUAUUCUGAAAAAGCUUUUGCACACUGGAAACUCAUUCAAGAUCAGAUGUGAGGGCAUCCGUCUGUUGUUGCUGUGGCUGCAGGCCCUGCAGAAUAACUGUGCAGAGGAGCAGUUCCUCAUCUUCGCCUGCCUGGUGCCAGGCUUCCCUGCCGUGCCCUCCACCAGAGGACCCUGCACCCUGGAUACCAUCAUCUACAACCCUUUCUCCAACCCACCCGAUUCCAAGGUGGUGCCUGAGGAAAUCACCCCACUGGUGCCAGCUGUGCCAGGGGAGAAGCUGGCAGACGACCAGACCUGCUAUAUCCUCCAAACCCUGCUCAAGUUCAUGGUUGUUCAGGCGUCCAGUUUAGAGUGGAGGAACAAAGACAACCAGGACACUGGCUUCAGGUUUCUCUUCAGUCUGUUCAAGAAGUACUACCUUCCCCACCUCUUCCCCUCCUUCACCAAACUCACCAACCUCUACAAGCCGCUUUUAGACCUCCCUCACCACAGACCGAAGCCUCUGUAUGUCCCGGUGACCCGUAACCACGAGAGCACGUUCUGUACGAGGGACCAGUACCUAGCUCCCCGCGUUGCCUUCAUCACCUGGCUGGUCACCUUCUUCCUGGAGAAGAAGUACAUCAGCACCGCCACCCCCAGCGCCAAGAACGGGACGAACGAUGUCAUCCCCAAACUCAUCCAGACUGUCACUGCAGGCGGUAGCAGUCAGGAGAAGGAGAGGGACAAAGAUCGUGGUGGUAGUGAGGGGGAGCCCAACGGCCCUACGGAGCCAGAGAAGAGCCACUCUAACAGUAGCACGCUGUCUGACCGGCGGUCCAGCGACUCUAGCCUGUGCAGCAUCGAUGAGGAGCACCGCAGCGUCUAUGACAUGGUGCACGGCAUCCUGCUCUCCACACGGGACAACAUCAACUUCGUCAACGAGGUCUUCCACCAGGCCUUCCUGUUGCCCUCCUGUGAGGCGUCAGCGACCCGGAAGGUGAUCAAGGUGUACAGGAAGUGGAUCCUGAUGGAGAAGCCAGGCUUCAUGACAGAGCCAGAGAAGAGCAGACAGGCUGAGGUGGAGGAGAACCCUGAGCAGCUGCUCAUCACUGAGACUGACAACACACACACACAGAUGUUGGAGAGUCAUGGUCACAAGCGUUCGUCCAGUUGGGGCAGAACAUACUCCUUCAGCAGUGCCAUCAGCCGUGGCUGUCUCACUGAGGAACAGAACAGAGACAUCAAGGCUGGCAUCCAGCCCACCCUGCAGGUGUUCCUGACCAACUCUGCCAACGUGUUUCUGCUAGAGCCGUGCCAGGACGUGCCCAAACUACUGGACAACCAGGUGGAGGUGUGCAAGGGGGUGCUGAGCAUCUACCGCCACAUGAUCAUGGAGCAAGCCAUGAACACACAGACAUGGCAGCAGAUGCUACAGGUGCUGCUGAGGAUCACUGAGGCGGUGAUGAAGAGGCCUCAGGAGAACCAAAGAAAAGAGCCCUUCGCUGAGAGCCUGGCUGCCAUCCUCUUCAGGACGAUCAUCGUGGCGUGGGUGCGGGCCAACCUGUGUGUGUUCAUCUCCCGGGAGCUGUGGGACGAGCUGCUGUCUGUGCUGUCGUCUCUGACAGGCUGGGAGGAGCUGCUGACAGAGUGGGCUAGCAUCAUGGAUUCUCUGACCACUGUCCUAGCCCGCUCCGUCUACGGCCUGGACAUGAGCAACCUGCCCCUGGACAAACUCAGCGAACAGAAGGAGAAGAAACAGAGGGGACGGGGAGUGGUCCAGGACUCCCAGAAGGCAGCAGCAGUGGCCAGGUCCUUCUCUCUGAGCUUGAGGACCCAGGGAGACCAGCAGGGGGUCCAGGAGCCCAUGAGGUUCCGCAGCGCUACCACGUCAGGGGCCCCCGGCGUGGAGAAGGCCCGCAACAAUGUCCGACAGAAAGCCACAGCUAAGCGAAGCCAGUCUAUCAGCAACUGUGUCCAUCUUUACGAGGCUUUGCCCGCUACUAAAAGCGUUCCUAUGCUGCUUCACACUGUGAGCUCUUUCUUGCCUGGUAUCUCCUCCUCUUCUGGUAACUCUUGCUCUCACAGGCUUUCAGACGUGGAGGAGGGCCAGCUGUCAGAGUGUGGGGGAGACGGAGAGCUGGAGGCUGGUGACAGCCCUCUACCACGCAGCAGCAGCACCUCCGACAUCACACAGCAACUGGCUGACACCUUCCCAGGCCAGAAGAGAGCGUACUCUCCCAACAACUCCUGUAGCUCCGAUGGCAGGACGUCAGAAGGGAGGAGAGACGGCGACCCACCAGUGAUUUUGAUCCGGCGGAGCAGCAGUCCGGCUGAGCUGGACUACCCUGUAGAGGGACACAACACCUACACAAGGCCCCAGCUCCAGGAGAAAAGCGAGAGUGUGAGCAGCGAGACGUCCAACGGCUACCUGAACAACGCUGACAGCAGCCUGCUGGCCUGGCAGGCGUUUGAGGAGGAGGCAGACUUCCAUUCAGCACAGAUAGGCAUCAUAGCAGACACAGAGAGCCAGAGGAACCUGCUGCUCAGCAACAAUGAGGCCCUGGCAGGUCCUGAGUGUGCCCUCUCUCCCCACUCUGCACCCCUGUCCCAGCACCAACACCACCAGCACCCCCCCGCCUCGCCAGCUUUGCUCGUGCAUCCUGAGUGCCCCCAGCUCCUGGAGGACACCAUGCAUCAGUCUGUGUUACACAUGCCUCAGGACCUGGACAGCAGUGAGUGUCUGACUGAUGAUGUCAGCAUCAUCGCAGGCGGGAGCCUGACAGGCUGGCACGCUGACUCAGCCUUUGUGCUCUGGAGGAGGAUUCUGGGUAUCCUGGGGGAUGUCAACAGCAUCCGCUGCCCCAGGAUCCACGCCAAGGUGUUCAGUUACCUCUACGACCUGUGGCACAAAUUGGCAAAGAUCCGGGACAACCUGGGCAUCAGUGUGGAUAACCAGUCGUCUCCUCCCCGGCCUGUCUUCAUCCCUCCUCUCAGAAUGCUGGCCUCCUGGCUCUUCAAGGCCACCAUGCUGCCAGCAGAGUUCAAGACGGGGAAGCUGCAGGCCUAUAAACUCAUCUGUGAGAUGAUGACUAAGAACCAGGACGUGCUGCCCAACAGUGACUUCCUGGUCCAUCUCUACCAAGUCAUGCACAAGGGCUUCACCAGCGAGGACCAGGACGUUCUAAACACAGUGAUCCGUUCCUGUUCCCCACGCUUCUUCUACCUGGGCCUGCCUGGCUUCACUAUGCUGGUGGGAGACUUCAUUACCGCUGCAGCACGCAUCCUCAGCCACGACUCCUCAGAGGCUCCGAGGAUUGACGCACAGACCGUCCUUGGGUCGCUGGUCUGUUUACCCAACCUCUACCUGCAGAUUCCACUACUGCAGACCGUUCCCGGAACUGAUGACAUUGUUGUCGGGAACGAGGACAUCAAGGACUAUCUGGUCAACAUCUUACUGAAGACGGCACGGAAUGAACCCUGUGAAGCGGCCAGGUAUAUAGCUGUAUGUAGUCUGGGCCUGUGGGUAUGUGAGGAGCUGAUGCAGAACAAUAUUCACCACCAGGUCAAGGAUGCCAUCAAUGUACUGGGCGUAACACUAAAGUUUGGGAACAAGGCCGUGGCUCAGGUAGCCUGUGACCUGUUCCAGCUCCUCAUCUCUCACUGGGAACACCUCCAGAGGCUAGAGCGCUCUCUCCCAAAGAAGAUCAUUGAGAUCUUUGUGGCCACUAUAGCAUUUCUGUUGCCGAGCGCAGAGCACUCGACGGUGGAGGCUGACAAAAAGCUAAUGGUGUCUCUGCUGCUGUGCCUGCUGGACUGGUGCAUGGCCAUGCCCCUGAGUAUGCUGCUGGAGCCCAUCAGCAUGCCCGUGCUGGAGGACCCCACAUCCCACAAGGCCCCUCUGCUCGACUAUAUCUACAGGGUGCUUCACUGCUGUGUCUCUGGCUCCAACCUGCACACCCAGCAGAGUCACUACCUCCUGAGCCUGUCUGACCUCUCCACUGACUAUGACCCCUUCCUCACGCUGGGCCAGGUCAAGUGUUCUGAGCCCCCGCCCUCACACACCGCCACAGACUUUGGCAACCUUCUCACCGUGGCCGAGGAGAAGAAAAGACGGAAUAUGGAGCUGAUCCCUCUGACGGCGCGGAUGAUCAUGACACACCUUGUGAACCACCUGGGCCACCAUCCCCUCAGUGGUGGCCCCGCCCUCCUGCACAGCCUGGUCAGUGAGAACCACGACAACCCCUUUGUGGAGUCAUCAGAGCUCUCCUCGGAGGUAUUCAAGAGCCCCAACCUGCAGCUGUUUGUGUUCAACGACAGCACCCUGGUGUCCUACCUCCAGGUGCCUUCAGAGCCCUCUGGUCCAGGGGAACCAUACAAGAACUCCUCCCAGGUACGGGUCAUCGUCAGGGACAUCUCUGGAAAGUACUCCUGGGACGGAGGGGUCCUCUACCGCACCCAGGAGGGAGUCAACAGCAUGCAUCAGGGGAGUGAAGACCCCUCCAACCACUCCACCACCAAGCCCACCUCACCAGGGACCUCAGAGCGCUCCAACCCUCCUGGCUGGGACUCCCAGUCAGGCUGUGAUGAGGAGGAGAAGGAGGAGAAGGAGGAGGAGGAGGAGGAGAAGGUUGAUGUCCUGGACCAGCUCCUGGAGGACCUGGGAUACAGCAGCCCUGAGUGCCUGCCCCAGCCCCGGCUUAGGCUCAACCAGCCAGCCCCCUCUCCCUGUGGGAUGAACCUGGAGCAGGAGGGGGCCAUCAUGGAGGCCAUCCUCAGGCAGACGCAGCAGGAGGAGGAGCAGGUGAAGAGGUGGAAUGCAGACGUGAACGUCAAGGCCACCGGCCAGAGAGAACCCGCUCACCAGGAGCCCAAAGCUCUCUUCUACUUCUGCAGACUGCUACUCAACGACCUGGGCAUGAACUCAUGGGACCGCAGGAAAAGCUUUCAUCUCCUGAAGAAGAACUCAAAGCUCUUGAGAGAACUGAAGAAUUUGGAUUCCAGGCAGUGCAGGGAGACACACAAGAUCGCUGUGUUCUACAUCGGAGAGGGUCAGGAGGACAAGUGCUCCAUCCUGUCCAACAGCGCAGGCAGCCAGGCCUACGAGGAUUUAGUGUCUGGCCUGGGAUGGGAGGUGGAUCUAGCCACACACUGUGGCUUCAUGGGAGGGCUUCAGAGGAAUGGCAGCACAGGACACACUGCACCCUACUAUGCUACCUCCACAGUGGAAGUCAUCUUCCAUGUGUCAACACGCAUGCUGUCCAACUCUGACGACUGCCUCACCAAAAAGCUGCGUCACCUGGGAAACGACGAAGUUCACAUAGUGUGGUCGGAGCACAGCAGGGACUAUCGGCGUGGCAUCAUCCCCACUGACUUUGGAGACGUGCUGAUCAUCGUGUACCCCAUGAAGAACCACAUGUUCUUCAUCCAGAUCAUGAAGAAACAACAGGUCCCUUUCUUUGGGCCUUUGUUCAGCGGCGCCAUCGUCACUGGAACGCUGCUGCCCAGCCUGGUGCGUGCCACCUGCAUCAACGCCAGCAGAGCUGUCAAGUCCCGCCUGACGCUCUACCAGAGCUUCUAUGAGGAGCGGGCGCUGUACCUGGAGGCCAUCGUGCAGAACCAUCGGGAGGUCAUGACCUUUGAGGACUUUGCCUCGCAGGUCUUCUCCCCUUCACCCAGCUACUACCCAAUGAGUGGGACAGCGUGCAGGCGUUGGCCGGGGAUGGUUUGGGACAUGGAGUACCCUUGGGCCAAGCUGGACUGCUCCCUCAGCGGCAGCACGAGUGCUGAGCUCAGUGUUUCCAUAGGAAUGGACCAGGUGGACCAGGUCUCUCCCACGAUGCCCCGUGCCACAAAGAACAGAGUUUCCGGAAAACUCCGCCGAUCAGCCAGCGCCAUAAGCAAAUCCUCCAACUGAGCUCUCUCACCCAAACCACCCCCAAAACCUCCCCUGCUUCGCCUUUACUACUGGUCCUGUUUUAAAACUUCAUACCGACCCCUCAUGACUGCAGUUUGGGUGUGUGCAUUGUUUGUUUGUUUUGUGUGUCUCGUUUAAACAUAUAACUGGAGCAUAUUGCACAUUUGAAUUUGUGGCAAUUAUUGAUACUUUGAUACAUUUCCAAUUGUUUUGCUGUUGAAUUGCAUAUUUGAGAUGAAGCUAUUGAAGUUUUUUCCAAUGUGGCUGCAUUUUGUUUUGGAAGAAUCAGAGCUUCUUUUUAAUUUAUGACUGAUAAAUAGUUAGUACAGUGAUAAAACAAGAGGUAUGAAUAGCCAGGGACUGGAGUGAAAGAUCAUGUUAGGAGGCUUGAAGUCCACCUAUCAUGAGCAAUUCAAUAUAGGUUUUUCAUGCCAUAGCUGUUGAGCUGGUAGUUGACACUGCUGUAGAGUAAAACUCUAAGAGGCUUCAAUUCUAGAGAAAUGGGAGAUUGUUUUAGAUUGUAUUCUUGUGAAGAGAAGCAACCGUGCAUAUAUAGUUAAUAUAUAUUGUAAUAAAACUGCAGGACAAAAAUAAGUUUCUUAUCAUCCAUAUGCAUUUUGAUAUGUCUGCCUUUUUGGUUUCCUCAUUG